UUGCCAGCAACAAACCUAUUUUGCUCAGAGUUUAUUUUCUUAUCUCUGGUAUAUUAGGCUACGUUAACGUUACCUGUUGAAGUGGAGAGAAAUGAGUACAGUCGAACUCUCGCCUGCGUUACAGGUAACGUUAUGGUGUCUAUGGAAGCGCACGCAAUUACAGUUAUGAUAUAUAAUACUCGUGAAGCAGGUGAAGUGUCCUUUCACCGAUGACCCAUGGCGUCUGUGCGUGUGGCGGUGCGGGUCCGUCCGUUGAGCCAAAGGGAGAAGGACCUUUCAGCCAAAGUCAUUAUACAUGUGAAUGGACAUAAAACCUCUGUCCUUAACGCAAAGGAGACUGGAGAACCGUUUGGAGAGAGAGGAAAGUCUUUCUCAUAUGAUUUCUCUUAUGAUUCAAUGAACAGCACAAGUCCAAACUUUGUGACCCAGGAAAAGAUAUUCAAAGAUCUUGGUACCGAUGUCCUGCAAGCUGCUUUUGAGGGCUACAAUGCAUGCGUUUUUGCUUACGGCCAGACAGGCUCAGGAAAGUCCUACACCAUGAUGGGCAACUCUGGUGAUUAUGGACUGAUUCCACGGAUCUGUGAGGGGCUGUUCCACCACAUCAGUGGAGUGUUGCAAAGAGAUAAGGCAUCGUUUCACAUGGAGGUCAGCUACUUUGAAAUCUACAAUGAGCGAGUUCGAGACCUUCUUCCCAGCACAGAGACACAAGGCUGUGAGCUGAGAGUAAGAGAACAUCCUAAAGAUGGAGCAUAUGUGGAGGCCCUCUCCAGACACCAUGUGCAGAGCUAUACUGAGGUUGGCCAGCUAAUGCACGAGGGCAACAGGAGGCGUGCCACUGCCAGCACAGGCAUGAACCAUGUCAGCAGCCGAUCCCACGCUAUCUUCACUAUUCGCUUCAUCAAGGCCAUGUUUGAUGCAGAGUUACCGAGUGAGACGGUGAGUAAGGUACACCUGGUUGACCUAGCAGGAAGUGAAAGAGCUGAUGCCACACAGGCUACUGGCAUUAGGUUGAAGGAAGGUGCCAACAUCAAUAGAUCUCUGGUUACUCUGGGCAUCGUCAUUUCCACUUUAGCUGAUUUGUCCAUUGGUGGUGGAAUAAAAAGGAAACAAAACUUUGUUCCAUAUCGAGACUCUGCGCUUACCUGGCUCCUAAAGGACAGUCUUGGUGGGAACUCCAAAACCAUCAUGAUAGCCACCAUCUCACCUGCUGACGUGAACUACAGCGAAACUCUGAACACUCUUCGUUAUGCCAGCCGUGCCAAGAACAUUUUAAACAAGCCCACUGUGAAUGAGGACAGCAAUGUAAAGAUUAUCAGAGAGCUGCGAGCUGAGAUUGCCCGCCUGAAAGCGCUGCUGUCUGCAGGAAAUCAGAUGGUGUCAUUUGAGCAGCAUUUAGGGUCGAGUGUGGAGGAGAGGCUUCAUCAGGAUGAAGCCAGAGUUCAGGAGCUGACAAAACAGUGGGCUAGUCGUUGGAAAGAAAUCCAUAAUAUUCUUAGGGUUGGUAACCUGCAUACACUUGUUAUGACUUAACACACCUUUACAUUUUCCUUUCAAACAUGAAUUUCAGGAAA